CUCCAGUUUGUGCAACUCCUGGAGACAUUUGUUGGUGAAGAUGCCUCCUUGGAUAUAAGUGAGAACCUCACCUCCUUUUUUAGGAGGUGCUAUGUUGAAACAAAAGAAGAGAAAAUGAGUGCCUUAGAACAGGUUAGACAAAAUGCUUCACGAGUUCGACGGGGGCUUCUUUUAGAAGCCCUGUUUCAGAAAUGGGACAGUGAUGGCUCAGGCUUCCUGGAUCUGAAUGAAGUUGAUGAACUCUUGUACACAUACAAGGAGGGAAUGGAAAAAGAAUCUAUGAAAAAAGCUAAACUACACAUCCAGUUUCCACAGCCACGCCAGGGUCAUGAAGUGAGGUUGUCUUCAAAACAGUUUCAGAAAUAUAUAGAAUUGGUUGUAUCUGAACUCAGAGGCAAUGAAGACCAGGUUCUAGAAAGUGUUGUGGAGUUCCUGAUGAAUGCUUUGGAAAGGAGCCAUAUUGAGAGUCUGAGGAAUUCUGCAAGGCGCAAGUGGCUGCACCAAAUCCAACGUGCUGCAGAGACCAGUGGGGUGUCUGUGGAGCCAGUGUAUGCUGAGACCUUUAAGGCUCUCACCCAGGAUGCUGAAGCCCAUGGAAAUAAGAAGAUCAGUGCUCACAUUUCUCUCUUAGAAGAAAACGAGCUACUGCCUGAUAGAGGGAAUGUUCUGUUGAGGAAUGUGGCUUGUACCUUAGAUGAUGCUCCAUUUGUACUGAACAGAGUACUCUACAGGGACAUGAAAGGGAUUAGCUUUACAGUAGUGGAUGAAGGGAAGCCAAUCCAUGUCCCCCAAGUUCAGCACCAUGGGAAUAUCUUCUUUUGGAACCGUUCCCGCUGUGAGAAUAAUCGUAAUGGGUCAUUCUUGGCUCUGCCUCUUCAGGAUGCAUAUAUGAGGAUCUUUGGGGUCAUUGCUGUUGACACCCUAAAAGAUCCUCAGGAAAUAAACAUCUUCCUACCUCAUGAGAUCAGAUUCUACCAGGAUUCAGACUAUGUCUUACGCAACAUGAUGGUUACAGGAUACAUGGGUCUGACAGAAAUCCACACCAAUCCCCCUACCAUCUUUAGAAAGACAUGUAUCUUCAGAGAUUUCCUCUUUAAGUGUACAGACAGUUCAGAAGUUGUUUUGGCCUCUGCUUGUGGAGAAACCCACAUAGUAAUUCCACUUCGUGAGAGAACAGGAGAGGCUCUGGGAGUCAUAGAUUUUAAUAUUGGCCGGAGUAGAAUGUUGUUGUAUCGAGAAUAUAAAGACCUACAGAAAAUGAUGAAGGUGGUCCAAGCUGCCUGCUAUGAAAUACUGGGCGAAUUCUCUGGAGAGACAAAGAAAAAAUAUAUCUUAGAGAUUGAAAAUGUAGGGGAAGUCCAGCGGGCAGGAAUUAUCUUCUUCCGAAUCAUGCUGCAGGAGCUGCAGGAAAGCAUCCGACUGCUUAACUCCAUAGACUUCGUAUCACUGUUGAUUUAUGAUCAUAAACUUCUAAUGGAGCCAAAAUCUUUUCAAGACUCUUCUGGACAAUUCCAGGACUUUGAAGCCAAUGUAAAUCUAGUGCAUGACAUCCUGAUGGGGGUUAUCUUGUUCUUUCAUCCAGAGUUAGAAUUCUCAAGUGACUUUGAGGAUUGGGAUAAGUGUAAACUGUCCUCACGCUCUGUGGAGACUGGCCUAUGUCAGAAGGGGCCAGAACCAGAGAGACUCCUUGGACAGGAGGAAGGAAAAUGUAACCCAGGGAAAGACAACCAUACUCCUCAGGGUAUCUUUGGCAGUGGGAGCAUGUAA